UCGGCAGCAAUUAACGGACGGACCAUGUACUUCCGGCCAGCUCAUUCCUUCUGCAUCAUCAAAGUUGACAACAGAGGCGGUUAAAGUUUUUCUAAGUUGCUUAUUUUGGACUAAACUGACAGAUAAAAACGCCGAUUAGUGCUAAGAAGUGUUAGGAUGAUUUUAAUGACUAUAAUCGCUCGUGUGGCGGACGGACUGCCGCUGGCCGCGUCCAUUCAGGAAGAUGAACAGUCUGGCAGAGACCUCCAGCAGUACCAGAGCCAAGCCAAGCAGUUGUGUCGCAGACUGAACGCUCAGAGUCCAGACCGCUGUACGCUGGAGACCGGAGAACUCAACUUCCACUACUUAAUCGCACAGGGUGUUUGCUAUUUGUCCCUGUGCGAGGCUUCAUUUCCCAAAAAGAUGGUUUUUGCGUAUCUCGAAGACCUGCACAAUGAGUUUUAUGACCAGUAUGGACGGAGAGUUCCCAGUGUCACCAGGCCUUAUUCUUUCAUUGAGUUUGACACAUACAUCCAGAAAGCGAAGAAGACUUACAUCGACAGCAGGGCCAGGAGGAACUUAGGGAGCAUCAACUCUGAGCUUCACGACGUCCAGAGAAUUAUGGUCGCCAAUAUUGAGGAAGUUCUGCAACGAGGAGAAGCUCUUUCUGCUCUGGACACAAAAGCCAGCAAUCUGUCCUCCCUUUCGAAGGAGUACCGGCAGUGACGGCCAAGUACCUCAACACCCCGCUCGACGUACGCCAAAGUGGCAGCUGUGGCGGUGUUCUUCAUCACACUCAUCAUCUACGUUCGCUUCUGGUGGCUCUGAUGGACUCUGAAACAAGGACUUUAUGACAGGGUUUCUAAAAAAUGAACACGUAAAACGCUCCUGUUAUUGUUCUACUAGCAACGUUAAAGGUGAAUGUGGCUUCAUGUUAUUCCAUACGUCUGCUCCUUUUGUCUGUGAUGGUUCUUCACGUGAAGUAAACGCUUCAUAGUUCGUCAUUCAGGCGGUGUUACACUGAUAUUUGGUGAGGGGGGGGCUUCGUUCUGUUCCAAUAUUAAGAAGCCUUGUUUUCAUAUGCAGAGGUUUUGUGGAAAGUCUUAAAACUGUGAGAAAAAAAUUGUUUAUUGAAAGGUUUACACAACUGU